UCAAGCCUACAUGGACUUCCGCUCGUAUGUCUUUAUCACAAACAAAGAUAAAGACACAGAGGAUGCAAGUUACUGAAGGGUUCAUCGCCAUAUCACUUCCUGUAUUACAUUGUCAAGGUGAUCAUAUGUGAGGGCUCUGUUGCUUCAAUGUGGUCAAGUAGAGCAGAGGAGUUUGAAAGCUGAAACUGGUAUUUCAAAUUCUCUUUCACAAUGGCUAUGAAGCCAUCAAAUAAUAUCUGGAUUCGACGCCAGCAGUGCCCAUGUGGAGAUUGGAAAUGUUAUAUCAAGUAUGAAGGUGAUGAUCAGAUGUCCACAAGCUCUCAGCUAGUAAAGAAUGAGAUAACUUCAACAACAUUGACUGAAUCAGUCUUUACUCCUUAUGUGGGUCAAAUAUUCAAGAGUGACGAUGAAGCUUUUGAAUACUACAGUAAUUUUGCUCGGAAGAAUGGAUUUUCAAUUAGAAAAGCGCGGUCCACAGAAAGCCAAAACUUAGGUAUUUAUAGGCGAGAUUUUGUUUGUUACCGGUCUGGAUUUAAUCAACCAAGGAAAAAGGCCAAUGUAGAGCAUCCUAGGGACCGGAAGUCAGUGCGAUGUGGAUGUGAUGCAAAAUUGUAUUUGACAAAAGAAAUUGCUGAUGGUGUCACUCAAUGGUACAUUUCACAAUUUAGUAAUAUUCACAACCAUGAAUUGUUGGAAGAUGACCAAGUGCGGUUGCUACCUGCAUACCGAAAAAUACAGGAAGCGGAUCAAGAACGGAUUUUAUUACUCUCUAAAGCUGGGUUUCCAAUAAAUAGGAUAGUGAAGGUGCUGGAGUUAGAAAAGGGGGUUCAACCUGGACAGUUGCCCUUCAUAGAGAAGGAUGUUAGGAAUUUUGUUAGGACUUGUAAGAAGACUGUUCAAGAAAAUGAUGCUUUGCUCACUGAGAAGAGAGAAAAAGAUACCCUAGAACUCCUUGAGGCCUGCAAGGCAUUGGCAGAUAGGGAUGCUAACUUUGUCUAUGAUUACACCACAGAUGAAAAUAACAAGGUUGAAAAUAUUGCAUGGUCGUAUGGGGAGUCUGUACGUGCUUAUGCAGUGUAUGGUGAUGCAGUUACUUUUGACACCACGUAUCGUUCUAUCACCUAUGGAUUACUCCUUGGGGUGUGGUUUGGUAUUGAUAAUCAUGGUAAGGCAAUUUUCUUUGGGUGUGCAUUGCUACAAGAAGAAAAUUCUCACGCAUUUGCAUGGGCUUUACAGACUUUUCUUCGGUUUAUGAGAGGAAGACAUCCACAAACAAUUCUGACAGAUUUAGAUCCAGGUCUUACAGAUACCAUAGCAAGGGAAAUGCCUAGUACAAAACAUGUUAUUUGUAUAUGGAAUAUUCUAUCAAAAUUGUCCUGCUGGUUCUCUCUGCCUCUUGCAUCACAGUAUGAGGAUUUUAAAGCUGAAUUCGACAUGUUGUGUCAUCUUGAAACCAUAGAAGAUUUUGAACAUCAAUGGAACCUUUUUGUUGGUCGAUUUGGACUUGUUUCAGAUAAACAUAUAGCCUUACUAUUUUCAUACCGAGCAUCCUGGCCAUUGUCCUAUAUCAGAGGUUACUUUCUGGCCCGGGCAAUGACAGCCGAGUUUUCACAAUCUCUGGACACAUUCCUGAAGAGAAUUUUGAGCGGACAGACAUGUUUGCUAGUAUUCUUUGAGCAGGUUGCAGCUGCUGCCAGCUUUGGGAAUCAAACCAGGGAACCAAUGCAGUAUAUUCAUAUCAAGACAUGCAUGCCUCUUGAAGAACAUGCUCGGAGCAUUCUUACGCCUUAUGCCUUCAAUGUCUUCCAACGUGAAAUUGCGCUGUCCAUGCAUUAUGCUGCUUCAGAAAUGGAAAAUGGAUCGUAUCUUGUCCGACACUACAAGAAGAUGGAUGGGGAGUGUCUUGUGAUUUGGAUAUCAGAAGGUGAGCAGAUUCACUGUUCCUGUAAAGAAUUUGAACAUUCAGGAGUAUUGUGCAGGCACUCUCUUCGAGUACUUGUCAUGAAAAACUACUUUCAGCUCCCAGAAAAAUAUUUCAUGCUUCGCUGGCGACAAGAAAGUUCAUUAUACCAUUUGGAUGAUAUGAGCAAUCAAAAUAUCAGUGAUGAGUGUGCGCAAGCCUUUCAUUCUCUUGCUGAAACUCUGUUGACAGAAUCAUUGAUCUCCAGAGAACGUUUUAAUUAUGUUCACGGAGAACUUGCUGGACUCCUUGAUCGUGUUAGAGAUAUGUCAUUGACUGAUGAGUUUACUUUGAAUGUGGCAGUUAACAAUGCAAGUGAGACUUAGGUUUGCCGAUAUAACUGCAGUGGAAGCAAACUGUUUGGCCAAAUAUUUAGACGUUCGUCGGGAAGAUUAAGUACAGAGGUGCUGAAGGUAUAAAGAUAAUAGGCAAUGACUGAGAUUAAUAGUUGUGCAAUCUGAGCAAUACAAUAGAAACAGAGUAGACUACAAAUUUGUGAUUGAUUGUAUAGGCUAUACAAGAUUCUCCUUUGAACUGUUUUCACUUGGGAGGUUUUACCCUGUUAGGUUGAGGCAGAAUUCUUGUCACUGGUUCUAUAUUCCUCAGUGCAAUGUAUAGCAUUUGUACUGAACAAAGGUGUACAAUAUGUACUUAAUAGGCCAAUAACAGGUUAUCUGUGAAAGUGUCUAGGUACAUAACACUUUUCACAAGUCUUCCUAAA